AUGCCUUCGAUCAGGGUUCCGGAUACCGGCCUCAUUCUUGAGAGCUCGGCCGCCUCGGGCAACCCCGUGCCCCCUCAAGCCUUCACCAUCAACCUCUCCGACAAUGUCCUCGAGGACUUGAUCAAGUGCGUACAGAGUGGUGAAGACCUACAACUAUCCUUGGGGAGCAGCCCACCAACGUCAUUAUGGAAGAAGCUCCCCGGCUCCGAGGCACCCAAGAAGGCCGAGCGAGCCAAGGCCAAGCCUGCCCCUUCCACCUCGUCGUCAGGCAUGGACUCGGAUACAGAGAACCUGCAGAACUCCAUCAAAGCGGCCAAUGCAUCGAAGAAGACGUCGCAGGUUAUGGACAAGCCACUGCCGACGAAGAAGGCUGCGGGAACCAAAGCCAAGUCGAAACUGCUGUCGAGCAUGGCCUCGUACGGCAAUGGAGGCGGAAAGUCUUCGCCGUCAUCGCCGGCGCUGGUAGCCGUCAGCUCCCCGUCAACGAACGCCGUCUUCUCAUCUUCACAGCAAGUCGUCGAGAAGUUCAAGGAGCAGCGAUCCAUGAUCGUCCACGAACUUGCUGUGCAAGACCGGUCGGAAGACUACCUGGAAGACCUAUGGAGUGGCAAGGAGGAAGAGUUCAAGCCAGCUCUGGAGAAGGUUGCCCAGUUCGAGAAGGACGCGCAGAAGUGGGCUUUGAGAAAAAACUACUGGAAAGAGUUGGACGUGUGGAAGUACGAUUAUGAUACCCAAGAUACCCGACAGAAAGCGAUCGACAACGCGAUCCGUCAGUUCGAUAAGAUGCGACUGGCAACGACGGAACCCGAGUGGCAGAAGCUCCUGCCCAGGGAGGAGCGAGGCAAGGGCAAGAUUCUCAGCAAGCUGCAAGCGAACAUCGCGAAAGCCUCUGCCGCUCCACCACCGAAGAUUCAGGUGCAGGAGCCUGCCGACGACAACGAAGACGUUCUCAAGGAAACAACCAAGAAGGGCGGCGAAACCAUGUCAAGAUCUUCAUCAAACCCCUUACCGCCGAAGCCAAAGAAGGCUGCCCCCGACCCGCCCCCGGCGAAGAAGUGGAAGUCGCAAAGCAAGGCCGCUACCGCAGCCAAGGCUGCCGCAGAAAAGAAGAAGGAGAAGGCGCCUGCCCCCGGCAAAAAAGUUCUUUCCGCUGAGUUCAUCACGAACUCGGAUUCGGACUCAGAAUCGUCAGAGGACAAGCCAAUGGCGAGCAUUGCGGCAGCCAAACCCAGACCAGCACCCGCGGCAGCCGCCCCCGUCCCUGCACCCAAGAAGAAGCCGGAUACCUCUCUGCCACCGAAGCCCAAGAUUGCCGCGCCAAAGCCUAGGCCGAAGCCGGUUGAGAAGCCCGAGAGGCCUGAGAAGCCCAUCGAGCGACCGGUAGAGAAGUCAAUUGAGCGACCGAAGGAGAGGUCAGUUGAGCGGGAGGCAAUCAAGACGGUCAAGUCGCAGCCGCCUAAGCGACACCGAGAGGAGGAAGCAGACGACAGCAGCUCAAGUUCUGGCGCGCCCCUUGCGAAACGGGCGAAGCAGCCUGAGGCGGCGCCCAUCAAGGCACCCGUCAACCUCAAGCAGCGUCCCGCGGAUGUCUCGCAUGCCUCACCCCGCAAUUCAUCCGGUGUGUCAUUCAAGAGCAAGAACACAUCGCCAGUCAAGUCUUCGCCUCUGGCUUCGUCACCGCCUACGAAUGCUUCAGACUUCGAACAGUCAGCACCCAAGAAGCGCAAGGCCAUGGAAUCUUCCGACUCCUCCAUCGACAGCGCCCGGGCCAAGACCGCCCCCAAGCGCCAACGCGGACUUAGCCCCGACCUGGUCAGCAAGGCCCAGCGUUUCAAGCUGUUCUAUGAAAAGUAUGAGGCUCUGCACUGGGAAAUUGCCGACAUGUCACACCCGCCUGAGGACAAGAUGGCGGACCUGCUCGACAUGCGCGAACGACUGAAGGUCAUGAAGACGGAGAUCUACAGGGAGUGCCCGCCUCCCAUCGCGGUCGCCUAG